GUCGCGAAUCCUCCAAAAAAUAGUUGGAGCAAAAAUGGCAGGAAAACAAGUCUGUUGUUUUUUAAAUAAUUCGAAUAAAUUUUUAAUAAAUAAAUUACCUAUUUCUGCUGUAAUUUCUCGUAGUAAUUCUUCAUGGGAACCUAAAGAUGUUGUCACCCACACAGGCCAAAAAUUCGAUCCCGAGGACAGAAGAUUAGUACGAUUUGUUGAUAGACCCAAGGAAGUUAAUGAGAGAUGGGCAAUUAAUUUGAUUGAUGAAGUUCCACCAGAACCAAGACCUGAUCGUAUUGUUUCUUGUGAUGGAGGUGGUGGACCUCUUGGACAUCCCAAAGUCUACAUUAAUUUGGAUAAACCUGGAAAUCAUAUUUGUGGAUACUGCGGCUUGAGAUUUUACAAGGAAGAUCAUCAUCAUUAAUUUAUAAAUAAAUCAAGUAAAAAAUAUUUAUAUAGUAAACAAAAAUAAAAAUAUAGAUAUAUAAUGUACAAGUGAGUUAAUUUAAUAAAAAUUUAUUAAACUCUUA